CUGUACUGCGACAUACCCAACGUCUCUUGCGAGGUGGCCGCGCGACGGCAAGGGCUGGACGUUACCCGCCUGUGCAGAAACUCCGGGCUCUGCGUGGACAGGGGCAACACCCACCUCUGCCAUUGCCAGCCUGGGUACACGGGCAGCUACUGUGAAGAGCAAGUGGACGAGUGCUCCCCGAACCCUUGCCAGAACGGGGCGACCUGCACGGACUACCUGGGCGGCUAUUCCUGCGAGUGCGUGGCCGGCUACCAUGGCAGGAACUGCUCGGAGGAGAUCAAGGAGUGCCUUUCCUACCCCUGCCAAAAUGGCGGAACCUGCAUCGACCUGCUCAACACCUACAAGUGCUCUUGUCCCCGUGGAACUCAAG